AUGGAAACUUGUUGGUGGGUUCUGUGGUGGCGCCUCUUAGUUGUGCUGGCGGUGGCAGAUGUUGGUUUGGCCAUUGAUGAGUAUAGCAGAGCUGAUUUCCCAGAUGGGUUCAUAUUUGGAGCAGGAACAUCUGCUUAUCAGGUGGAAGGAGCAGCAAACCAGGAUGGGAGGAGCCCCAGCGUGUGGGACACUUUUGCUCAUGGUGGUUUUGCCGGCGGACCUACAGGUGACAUUGCAGUUGAUCAGUACCAUAAAUACAAGGAAGAUGUACAGCUAAUGGCUGAAAUGGGUUUGGAUGCAUACAGGUUCUCCAUCUCCUGGUCCAGGCUCAUUCCUGAUGGAAGAGGAGAUGUGAAUCCUAAAGGACUUGAAUACUACAACAACCUCAUCAAUGAGCUCAUUAGCCAUGGAAUCAAACCACUGGUUUCUUUGUACAACUUCGAUCACCCUCAGGUUCUUGAAGAUGAGUAUGGUGGAUGGGUUAGUCGAAAGAUGGUGGAAGAUUUCAGAGCUUAUGCAGAAGUGUGCUUCAAGGUGUUUGGGGACAGGGUUUCUCAUUGGACAACCGUAAAUGAACCGAACAUACUAGCACAUGGCAGCUACGAUCAAGGAAUAAGCCCACCGGGCCACUGCUCCCCUCCAUUUGGUGCUGCAGCAUGUGUUCAUGGCAAUUCCACUACAGAACCUUACCUGGUUCUCCACAAUAUCCUCCUGGCACACGCCUCGACUGUUGAGUUGUAUCGAAGAAACUAUCAGGGGAAGCAGCAUGGGCUGAUUGGGAUUACACUCUAUGCUUUUGGUUUUGCUCCGUACAGUAACCUGACAGAAGAUGUUGAGGCAACCCAGAGAGCCAAAGCAUUCUACUUGGGUUGGGCUGCAGAUCCUUUGGUGUAUGGAGACUACCCGGAGAUCAUGAAGAGGAAUGUUGGUUCCAGACUUCCAAGAUUCACGACCGAAGAAUCGGAGCUCGUGAAGGGAGCUUUCGACUUCCUUGGACUCAUACAUUACAUGCAGGUGAGUGUCAAAGACAACCUCAGCAGCCUCAGUUUGGAGCUCAGAGACUUCAAUGCUGAUAUAAUAGUAAGCAAUGAUGCACUGCUUGGAUUCGAUUUGAUUGUUCAGUUCCCUGUUAGACCUCGGGCUCUGCAGGAGAUCUUGGAGGAUUUUAAGCAGCUUUAUGGAAACCCACCGAUCUACGUACUUGAAAAUGGUCAAGUGAACGUUCGCAACACGAGCUUGAUCGACGUUACCAGGGUGGAGUAUCUGCAAGCCUACAUUGGUGCUGUACUAACAGCACUCAGGAACGGAUGUAACGUGAAAGGUUUCUCCGUAUGGUCACUGCUAGACGUGUUCGAGUUAUUGGGUGGUUUCCAGACAGGGUUCGGAUUGUAUUACGUGGAUUUGGACGACCCUGACUUGCCUCGAUACCCGAAGCUCUCUGCUCACUGGUACUCCCAUUUCCUGAAAGGCGGCAUCAUUGAUUCUUCUGCAAAUGUUGAGCUUGCCUCGAAUCUGAGCAGCGUCACAGAUCUUCGCAGUCAGCGUUCAUCUUACUAG